GUUGAAAAGGCCGAGCUGGAGAUGAUUGGCACCUUUGAGCAGCCCUACCUUGACAUUGCAGUGACCCACGAGGAGUUGAUGGAACGGCCACCACGCGAACGGAAGUACAUUGAGGUUUCUCCGGAGGCCAUAUUCAGUUUUACAGCCAGUCUUACACCGUAUCCGGACUUCAAUCAGUCACCCAGAAACAUGUAUCAGUGCCAGAUGGCGAAGCAGACCAUGGGCCACUCCUCCUAUACUUGGCGUCACCGCGCAGACCCCAAGGCCUACCGACUCAUUACACCUCAGAGUCCCCUUGUUCGGACUAAGACCUAUGUCAAAUACGAUGUCGAUCACUACCCUCUGGGAUUCAACGCGGUGGUUGCCGUCAUGUCUUACACUGCAAGUUGCCUUAUUAUGCACUUUGAAAAUAAUCUUUCUCUUCUUAUGCGGACUGUAUGUCGGCCGACCUCGUAA